AUGGCCUCUACGACAAGCCAAGAUACACGCCCUCUUGGAUGGAGUGACCGCUCUUACUACCUGGCUAUGCGAGAUGGCGUACGACUGGCUCUGAGCAUCUAUUCUCCGGAUCACACGAUUUCUACAAGUCCUCGUCCGGUCGUUCUCGUUCUGACUCGUUACGGUCGAGCAGCCGUCAAAACACGCUCAGGUCCUCGAUCAAUCGAUCACUGGCUUACGGGAGGCUACGUCGCAUGUGUCGUCGAUGUGCGAGGUACGACAUCUUCGUUCGGUGCUCGCCGAGACGAGUUGGGCUUGGAGGAGCAAGCAGAUGCCGAGGAAAUUAUCGCCCACAUUGCUGCUCAGACAUGGUGCGACGGCAAAGUGAUUGUCUACGGGACAUCGUAUUCUGGUAACACUGCCGACUUGGCCACAACUCGUAAUGCGCCCGCUUUGGUCGCUGCGAUCCCCUGUGCAACAGACUUCAACUGGUGGGAGCUUUUCUGGCCUGGUGGAAUUGCCAACGACGCCUUCUUUCGAGCCUGGGCUCAUACCGUCUACGAUAUCGACUUUGGAAGACCCUUUGUAUAUGAAGGUGUCACGAGGGCCAGUGACGAAGCUGGACAGUCCGUCAGCCUAGAUGGCCGCACUCGAGCGGAGGACUCUCUCAAGCUGUUCCCUACGUUGCAACCCGUCGAUGAGGAUGCGGAUUGCUCACUUCUGCAAAUGGCUUUGCAAAGCCGUGAAGACGGUGGCAGACAUUGGACCGCCGAUGAUUACGCUGCUGUGUUGUAUAGAGAUGACCGAGGCACGAAUGGGCAUUGCUACUUCGAAAGCUCUGCUGCGAGUCAGAUUCCAGGCGUCAUCCGACAAGGCAAGCCAGUGCAGUGGUGGGCAUCUUGGACGGAUGGUAAUACGGCAGAUGAGGGAAUCAGCCGAUUUCUCUCGACGCCAGACAUUCCCAGCGUCAUUAUCAUCACUGCGAACAACCAUGGCGGCCUUGAACUUGUGGAUCCAUUUUCCCCAGGCCAGACCGACCCGACGCCCUCUGUCGUGCAUCAAACUCAAGACCAAAUACGUUUUGCAGAAGAGAUAUUAAACGGGCGAUCGCCUCCCAGAUCGAUCAAGUACUAUGUUCUAGGCUCAGGCAUCUUCCGCGAGUCGACAACGUGGCCGCCUGUAGAUGCGGAGAACUCUUGCUUCUGGCUGAGCGAGAUCAACCAACUUGUGUUGGAUCAUCCUGUCGCUGGCGUGGAUAGCUAUUUGGUUGAUUCGACAGCAACAGCAGGCACGCAGAGUCGGUGGAACCAGUCCGUGAACACAUCCUAUGGCGACCGACGCCUUCAAGAUGAAAAGCUUUUAUGCUACGAGACAGCUCCGAUGGACUCUGACGUUGAGAUUGUGGGAUGGCCAACCCUGAUGCUGCAGAUGUCCGCACAGACUGAGGAUCCCGUCGUGUUCGCAUAUCUUGAGGACGUUUCGCCACGAGGCAAGGUCACAUACAUCACGGAAGGUAUCAUUCGACUCAUCCAUCGAAAAAUUGCUCCAGCAGACGCCUUGCCGUUCGUCCAAGGCCCGUUUCCUCACACAUUCUGCAGAGAGGAUGCAAUGCCUGUCGUACCUGGAAGUGAGAUGACGGUCUCUUUGAGGUUGUUUGCAACUGCCGCUUUGAUCAGAAAGCGGCAUCGCCUUCGCCUCGCCAUUGCGGGAGCUGAUGUCGACACCUUUCGGCCUACCGUGUCUGCUUCCAAGGAAGAAAGAUUUGACAUCCGCCGAGGUGGGCCAGACGCGAGCAAGCUGUGCAUUCCUCUCCGUCGUAACCUCGAUACUUGA